UAUCAACACCGAAAUGAAGAUUGCAAAUGGAUGCAAUGCUGCUGAGAUUUUCCCAGGAGUCUUCAACAACUGUAAAGUUGCAGUGAAACGAGUCGCCAAACAUGUUUCCAAACCUGAAAUGGAAAUGGCUCAUUUCCUGAGUACAAAAAAUGUACAAGCAAAGCACCUUCUGCAACACAUUUCAGUGUUGGAAGACACUUACUUUGCCUAUUUUGUCUCACCUCUUUGUGAAUAUAAUUUGAUGGAGCUGAUUGAAAACAAGGAUUUUCCUGAAAGAAAAGGCCUGAAAGAGAAUCGAAGACUAGAGAUCUGCCAGGAGUUACUGCAAGGACUUCAGGAACUACAUUCAUAUGGAAUUUUGCACAGAAACCUGAAGCCUAAAAAUAUUUUGUUUGAUAUCAACAACAAACUGUACAUCGCAGACUUUGGAGCAAGCAGAAAACUGAAUCUGGCACUAACCACACUUCUCGCUCAAAUGCCUUGGUCAAGUUAUGAAGAUGUUGGAGGCAUGCAAUACAAAUACAAGAAAGAAUCAGAUAUCCAGGUCGCAGGGUGCUUGGUGCAUUACAUCCUGACGGAUGGGCAACACCCCUAUCAGACAACUACACCCUACUCAAAGGAUCCAGUUGGGCUAUCUUUAAAUGUCAGAAUGGGUAACUUCACUCUUCAAUGUGAAGAAAGAUGGACAAGACAAAAAGAUAUUAUUAGCAGAAUGCUGUCUAAAUCGAUUGAAGAACGUCCCACCAUUGAGGAAUGCCUUCAGUCUUUCACAUGUUUCAUACACCAGUCUGGAACCACAAACAACAACAGCAAUGUGAAUGAAAAUGAAGACAGAACCCAUACAGCUGAUUGCUGUCCCCAAACAUCAGAUGAGAUGGACAUUCUAGAGAGUACUGACAGUGAUAAGCCAGAAAGUGUUUUCUGUGGCGUGAUGGAUUCAUCUUCUCACACUGAGGAGGAAUUAUAUGAGUCUGAAAUGGGUUCCCUUACCCUGGAAAUGUCAGAAGAAGAAGAAGAAGAAGAAGAAAUAAAAAAAGCUGAAGGACAAGUAGCAGAAGGUAUCCGAAGAAAACCACUUAAGAAGACUUGGAUGGAAAUUGAUGAAAGUGCCAAUGACUGUAGCUAUCAACAACAUAAUAUCACAGUGAAAAUGUCCUCAAACAGUGUACAUCAACGCAUCUAUGACAAGAAGAACUACUGUCUUUACUGUGAGAAGCCUUAUCUAAAAAUUGCAAGACAUCUAAAGCAGAAACAUUCUGAAAAAGUUGAAGUUGCCAAGGCACUGGGACACAUCCGAGGCUCAACCAUGCGUACUCUUUUAUUAUCCAAAGUAAGGAACCUGGGAAACUUCCACCAUAACAGUUCAGUCCUAUCCUCUGGGAAAGGAGAGAUCGUACCAAAAAGACAAGCAACUUGUGAGUCAACAGCAAUGGACUAUUUUCCUUGCAUGUUUUGCUUUGCUAUGUAUGUUAAAACGGCUCUCUGGAGACAUCACAAACGUUGCAAAUUACGAGUGAAAGAGAAUAUGCCAGUGGAAUGAAAAGUUCAGGCAAGUUGUUCUCUGUUGUUGCCCAUGGACUCUGAAGUUUCCAGUGGACUUAACCAAAUUAGGUAAAGGUAGACUAGACAUCACUCGCAGGUCUUAUCUUGGCAUGUUUAAAAAAAAUAAAAUACAUA